AUGGAAACUGCUUUUGAGAUAAUGAAAUAUCUUCAGGCCAUUUUUGGGCAGAAAUUUGAUCAAAGUAGACAUGAGGCUACUAGAACCUACAUGAUUACUAAGAUGAAGACGGGUGUUUCUGUGCGUGAACAUGUCUUGAGCAUGAUCAAUGUUAUGCAUGAAGCAGAAAUACAUGGGGCCAUCAAUGAUGAGCAUACACAAUUGGAAUUCAACAUGACCCAACAGUUGAAUGAACUACAAACAUUUGAGUCUCUUAACAAAUCCAUAUCCAAAGAGGCUAAGGCAAAUGUGAAAGAGGAGAAACCUUUAACCUCUGAUGAUAAAACCAAUACGAGGAAGAAGAAUAAUGACAAGGACAAAACUAAGGGCAAGAUGGCGCCUUAG